AUGUAUGUCAAUUGUCGAGCUGUGAAUCAUAUCACUAUCAAGUAUCAACAUCCUAUUCCUUGCCUUGAUGAUAUGCUUGAUGAAUUAUGUGGUGCGGAACAUGAGGAGCAUUUGAGAAAUGUUCUUGGCACAUUGAGAAGAGAAAGGUUGUUCGGUAAUUUACAGAAAUGUGUAUUUUCUACUGACAAGCUUACAUUCCUUGGUUUCAUUAUUAGUGCCCAGGGUGUAGAAGUCGAUCCUGAAAAAGGUAAAGACAAUGUUGAAGCAGAUGCCUUAUCCACAGAUUUAUAUGCCAUUGACCCCGAUUUUGGUGAAAGAUAUAUGUCAUGUGAAAAAGGUACAUACAAGAAGUUUUAUAGAUAUGAUGGCUAUCUUUUCAAAGAAGGAAGAAUUUGCAUUCCUCAAGGGUCAAUUCAAGAAGUCCUUGUUCAAGAAGCACAUUAA